GUUAUUUUUCCUCAAUUCCAAUAUCUUUAACUUUUCUGGUAAAAAAUUCUGAAAAUUUUCAGUCUUAACAAAUAAAAAUUGUUGCUUCUGAAACUUUUUCCCUUUAAGCUAGUUUUGUUUGUCUACCAUCAUUCUCUUUUGCAUCUUGUUCCACAACAAAUAAAGAAAAUCGUUGUCAGAAGACGAAAUAUUUGGCUCGUCUUUUUUUCUGUGAAGAUGAAUGUUUCUGUCCUAUAAUCAUACUAUUAUAUCGUCUCGAUUGGUAAUAUUAACGAUUCGGUGCCUCGAAUGAUCGAGGGUUUCAUAAUGCAAAUCCGCUUUUGAAAGCAUCAAAAGCCUGACGAGCAUAACAACAAGAUGCGCCUCCUCACGGAUGCUACUUUGUGCAGCAGAAAGAUUCUUGCCGGACAACCUAAUGCAUGAGCACGACGAAUUAAAAUGAAGGGAAUCUUAAAAGGCUUAAGAUACAUUUCGCAGAUAUUUGAAAAUGAUUACGAGGAAGAGGAGGAGGAAGAGAUGCAAAUAGGAUGUCCGACAGACGUACAACAUGUAGCUCAUAUAGGAGUCGAGGGUCCGGCUGUAGCUAAUCCGAGCUGGAUGAAUGGAAAAAAAUCAGAAGCUUCCGAGAGUGCAUCCAAGGCAAAGAAUAAGAAAGGAGAAGCCAAUACCAAGUCCAAAGCCAAAAAUGCUUCUCAAGAUUUGAGCCAAGAAGGUACAGACCUUCCUCAAUCAACACAAGACAUGUCUGAAGUGGCAAAGCCAUCGAGGAACCGCCGACACUCAACUUCCGUAACGCUGAACAGUUCUGAAACUCAAGAACUGGAGGUACCAAAGAAGUCAUCACGACGUGGCCACAGUUUAGAUUUAACGGAACAGAAAAAAUCAUCAACAACAAAGAAAAGCAAGGACCACUCUAGUAGUAGUAACGAGGGACUCGACGCACCUUCCAUUCCAAAGUCAUCUCGGAAAAAGAAACUCAAGGAAUCACCAUCUACAGUUGGUGUUGCUGCAACAUCAAAGGAAAGAAGAAAGGGAUCCAAGGAGUCCAAUUCUUUAUCAACAGCAAGUAAUGUCCAAGUUCCAGGACCGGCGUCCGAACCCGCCAAUAAGAACCGUAGUAGUGAGUUGUCCCAAGAAGAUUUAGAUGAUGAUUUGAAGUUAGAAGAGAAGGGAUUUUAAUUUUGCAUUCGUGGUUUAUGUUGUUUUUAUUUCUUUUAAUGCCAUGUAAAUUAAUUUUCCCAAUCCAUGACGUAUAAAAAAUUGACAUGUUUAAAAUA